UAGCUAAUAAAUAUUUACUGGUUGAUAACACAACCAAAGCCGAUUGCCGAAAGUUGGACGAAAUUGCCAAAAAUAUUUGAAUUAAAUUUAUUUAUAACAACUCGAAUUUAACAAAAUACAUUGUAGUUAUAUUUUUAAUUAUUAAAAUCGUCGAUUGAGAAGUCGUUUUCUGUAUGGUUAACCAAAUGUUUUGUGCGGUUUCCUAAGCUCGAGUUGUAUAUUCUUUUAAUAAUAAUUAUGGUCGACAAUGCAUUAACUGAAAAAGUGUUAUUAGCUACCGGUGGUUAUGAUCAUACGAUAAAAUUAUGGCACGCCAACACGGGCGUUUGCAACAGAAGUUUAACACAUUUGGACUCUCAAGUAAACGCAUUGGAAAUAACACCAGACAGGCAACUUUUAGCCGCUGCGGGUUUCCAGCAUAUUAGAAUGUAUGAUUUGAACUCGAGUAAUCCUAAUCCUAUUUUGAACUAUGAAGGAAUAUCCAAAAAUAUUACCGGGGUCGGUUUUCAUGAAGACGGUAAAUGGAUGUUUACUUGUGGAGAAGAUUGCAGUGCUCGCGUUUGGGACCUAAGAUCUAGAAAUUUACAAUGUCAAAGGAUAUUUCAAACAAACGCUCCAAUCACUAGUAUAUGUCUUCAUCCGAAUCAAGGAGAAUUACUUUUAGGCGACCAAUCAGGUUUGCUACACAUAUGGGAUUUGAAGACUGACCACAAUGAACAACUCAUACCCGAAGUCGACGCUUCUAUUCAAUGUGUGGCCGUCGAUUCGAAUGCAGAGUACGUCGCUUCAGUGAAUAACAAAGGUAACUGUUACCUUUGGAAAUUCAAUGGCGACGGCACCAGACUCAGCCCAGAGCACAAAAUGAUAGCCCACAGAAAAUACGCUCUUCAUUGUAAAUUUAGUCCAAACUCGACACUAUUGGUGACUUCUUCAGCCGAUCAAACAGCUUGCGUAUGGAAGACCAGCGAUUUUUCUUUGAAACAAGAACUGAAAGACGAACACCAAAGAUGGGUGUGGGAUACUGCAUUCAGUAACGAUUCCGAACAUUUGUUAACGGCUUCGUCAGACGGCAUGGCAAGAUUGUGGAACGUCGAAACGGGCAACAUCGAACGUGAAUACGAAGGUCAUCAAAAAGCACUCACAGCAUUGGCGUUCUGCGAUCCAUUUAGUUAAUUAAAAUUAAUAUUCAAUACA